AUGCAGGAAAAUGUGGCAUCCACAGUUGUUUUCUUUCUGCUACUCUGUUUCAACGUCACCCAUCUGAAUGGACAGUCACCUCCUGGCAAACCCAAGAUAUUGAAAUGCCGUUCUCCAGAUAAGGAAACCUUCACCUGCUGGUGGAAGCCUGGGACGGAUGGAGGACUUCCUACCAAUUACACCUUAUCUUACCACAAGGAAGGAGAUGCAAUCAUCUAUGACUGUCCAGACUACAUAACAGGAGGCCCCAACUCCUGUUACUUUAACAAGAAGUACACUUCCAUGUGGAGAGUUUACAUCAUCAAUGUCAAUGCCACUAAUGAGAUGGGAAGCAGUUCUUCAGAUCCAUAUUACAUAGAUGUGACAUACAUAGUUGAACCAGAAAGUCCUUUAAACCUGACGUUAGAAGUAAAGCAGCCAGAAGACAGAAGAUCGUAUCUGUGGAUAAAAUGGUUUCCACCAGUCCUAGCUGAUGUAAGAACUGGUUGGUUCUCACUCCAGUAUGAAAUUCGCUUGAAAACUGAGAAUGCAGCUGAGUGGGAGAAUCACUUUGCUGGUCAGCAGACUCAGUUUAAGAUCUUCAGCUUAUAUCCAGGACAGAAGUACACUGUCCAGGUUCGCUGCAAACCAGACCAUGGAUACUGGAGUGAAUGGAGUCAAGAGAGUUACAUCCAGAUACCUCUUGACCUCACCAUGUUGGAUGUAACCACGUGGGUCUUUGUGGCUGUUCUUGCUGCCGUCAUUUGUUUGAUUCUCGUCUGGGUGGUGACUUUGAAAGGCUACAGUAUGGUGACCUGCAUUUUACCACCAGUUCCUGGGCCCAAAAUAAAAGGAUUUGAUACUCAUAUGCUGGAGAAGGGCAAGUCUGAAGAACUCCUCAGCGCUCUGGGAUGUCACAACUUUCCUCCCACUUCAGAUUGUGAGGACUUGCUGGUGGAGUUUUUAGAAGUGGACGACAGUGAAGACCAGCAGCUAAUGCCAGCUCACUCGAAAGAAUAUCCCAGACAAAGUCUGAGAUCCAUUCACCUGGAUCAUGACACUGACUCUGGCCGAGGUAGCUGUGACAGUCCUUCCCUUCUGUCUGAAAAGUGUGAGGAACCCCUAGAAAAUCCCCCCAUCUUCAGCACUCCUGAGGUCAUUGAGAAGCCAGAGAAUAUUGACACAAACACUUCUUUGACCUGGCAUCCCCAGGACGUCCGCUUGGAAAGCAAAAUAUCCUAUUUUCACGAUGACGGUUUCAAAUCUUCAACAUGGCCUUUACCACAGCUACCCAGCCACCACAACCCCCGAUCUUCUUACCACAGCGUUGCAGAUGUGUGUAAGCUGGCUGUGGGCUCUGUGAGUGCAACCACCAGUUUGUUGAACCAAGCAGAAGAGGCUGAAACAGCCUCUCAAACCACUGAGACUGGAGGGGAGGAAAAGAUAGACAAGGAAAAGGAGGUGGAAAGUGUCUGUUCGAAAACUGAUCAAGACCCAGAAUGUCUGCUGCUCCAGCAGAAAACCCCUUUCCAAUCUGCAAAACCCUUGGAUUAUGUGGAAGUUCACAAGGUCAACAAAGACGGUGCACUAACAUUGUUGCCAAAACAUGAGAACAGCGACCAAACAGCGAUGGCCAGCACUCUGGAGGUCAGUAAGGAGUAUGCUAAGGUGUCCGGUGUGAUGGAUCACAACAACAUCUUGGUUUUAGUGCAAGACAGCCAAGCUCCAGUCAGGGCCUUAUUGGAAGAGCCAACCAAGAAUAGCCCUCUACAACAUCCACAGAAUCAAGUCGAGAAAAACCAGGCCUGUUUCCCUGUGACACCAAAUAACUGCAGACUCCAGUUAGGGGGUUUGGAUUACCUGGAUCCCACAUGUUUUAUGCACUCCUUUAACUGA